AUGUACAUACGAAAGAGGCAUAGCAAGGUUAGAAUAUGCGACAGGUAUAGCACAACUGUGCUCAUUGGCCAUGAAGCACAAAGAAAACCUGACCUUACACUAAUCGACCAAGGCAUGGCUGCUGACUGGAGAUGUGUGCAGAGUGUUGGUGAAAUGAAAUCCAAAAGAAAUUUUGAAUCAGAUCAGUGGUAUGAAGUCAUCUAUGGUUAUCGUGAAAUCAAGUCUUCCAUGAUCUUUGCUUCUCAGGACAAUCAAAACUUCAUUCUUGCUCUUAGAUUCGCUAAGUAUGAUAUGGUUGUCUACAGAUUUGAUUGUGAUGGCUUGAUGCAUGUCACUUUAUUCUCAAUCAAUGGUCCAACUGGUUGGAAAUACUUCACUCAUGUAGCAUAUUCUCUGACAUACAGGACCCUUGAUCUGGUGGGAUAUGAUACCAGUUGUCAUACAGCACCCCACUUUCCACCACGGUACAUGGCCCUGCAGGUGCAACCUGCAAUUCACUGGAUUCAACAUAUUCCCACACAUAUUGCAUAUACACUUGGCAUAAUUGGUAUCAAUAAUGUUCCUACAAUCCAUGAAGAAUAUGUGGUGGGUAAGGACUACUACUCUGCCACAGCCACAGCACAUCUAGGUCCUCUUAUGACAGCUCAAGUCGCCACUGCCUUUCAGAAUGAUGCCUCCAUCAAGCUGAUCACACAAUUUAAGACCAGGUGCACCAAGAUGUGUAUCAACAGUUUGACUGAUGGCUCAGAUGAUACUCUUGGAUGGGAGAUAGGUGGUGUGCUUGGAGAUUGGAGCUUUUCCAAGUAUAAGGAUAUCAAAAAAGUUUCAGAGCAUCUUGGAAAUAGGAGAGGGUUUCCUGUAUCAGCACCAAUAGCAGGCAGGGAUGUUUCUGACUACCGAGAAGUGACAACAGAUGUUGAUUCAGACUGGGACACCAAGAGAGGCAACACUGCUUUUGUCUCAGUCCGCCUGAUGUUGGGCUUGGGCCAGCUGGGUAUUGAACAUGGGACUUGUGAUGAUCUCAAAUCAUUUUUCUUUGUCCUACUUAUCAUCAUGGUUGUCUUCCAUGCUCCUGGUGUCCAGAGAUUGGAUGCAGAAUUUGUGCCCCUUGAAUUGGACAAGAUGUGGUGGAACCUGGAUCAGUGGAAAUCUUCUGUGAAGUGGAAGAUUUUGUCGAUGAAGCUCCAUAAGCUAUGGCAAGACAAUAUUGCCUGCCUCUUCAGUGAUUAUUUCCAAUGCUGGACUAGCUCGGAGGUGAUUCAAUCUGGAGCUGAGGCCAACACAAAGGAUGCAGAGGGCGAUGGGUAA